CAUGGAUGCAGAACCCUCAUUAUACAGAGGGCUGACUAUAUGUAAAAUGUGGUGUGCAUGUGCCACAUGUGUGCGUGCGCACACACACACGCACACACCCACACUUUUUUUCUCUGUUGAAAUUAUGCCUUUUAAACUCAAAUCAAACAAUAUCUGUCAUUGUACUUAAGCCUUAUCUCUGAACUGAAGAAUUUCCCUUUUUGAUGAAAAGUUAGAAACUGCAUAUUUCACAUACAUUGCAACACCUGUAAUGCUGUAUCUUUGAACAAAUUCUAUGUGAAAUGUGACUGUGAGUUGGGGAUGUGGUUUCAAAAGUUUGGGUGGAUAAAUUGACUUCAGAGUUCAGUUGUAGACUUGGGACACAAAGGACAGUUGUGUCCCAAGGAGGACACAACUCCUUAGGACACAGCUCCUUCAUAGGAGCAGAGGAAGUCAGAGGCAAGGGAGUUGCCAUUUGGAAUGGAGAGUUGGGUUACAUACAAGUGGGUCACAAAGAGUGUGGUCCAUAGGCAGGUCGCAGGUAGAAUGGUAGGUGCAAAAGUGCAAAAACUUCUCUUUUCCACCUCUGAAACUAAGAGUUGGGGCUUUCACCCUUCAGUCUUCCUGAAUCUUUAGCUGCUUUACAUAAUUUCUUUUCUGUGUGCCCUAAUGCCAUAUCUCUGGUGGCAACUGCUAUCUUUUUGCACCCCACACCCCACUGUAGAGAUGGGGGUCUCACUAUAUUGCUCUGGCUGUCUCAAACUCCUGCCCUUACACUAUCCUCCUGCCUCCUCCUUUGCCUCCCAAACUGCUAGGCAUGAGCUGCCACAGGCCCUGUGAUGGCAAUUUCUACCUUAACCUGGAGAUACUGGCAGCUGUGUUUGUCGCAGGUAGAUAGUAGGAGAGUUUAUUGGAAUUGUUCAGUUAAAGGGAAGCUUUUCAAAAAAGUAUGUUAGAAUGUGAUUAGGUGACAUUAUCAUUCUUUUAUUUUCCAUUCUUUUUUGUUUCUUACUGAAAUUAGAUUUGAGGGUAUUAUUGUGAAGUUAGGUGGAUUGGUCUGUGUAUAGUUUGCACAGCAUUGUUAUAUGGUGUGGUAUUUGAGAGAAGUCUAAAUUAUCUUGAUAACCCCUACUUCUUUUUUUCUUAGAUGAUUAGUAAAAAUAGAAUUACAUCGAAAGGAUGGCUUCUUAAUUUUAAAGACAUUAUUAGACUGUCCAGACAUUUCUGAAUUCUUAGAAUUAAAGGGAACUUUGAAAUUACAGUAUUGGCUUAUCCAGAAAGUAGUCAUGAUAAGGCUGUUUUGUUGACCGCUUGAUUAAAAAUUUAGGUUACCCAGUGAUUUUCAUAGGACACUCACAAAGAUUGUUGAAAACAGACAUUUUGAGUGUAGAAGUAUCUGAGACACUGGUGGACUGUGCUUGGUACUCUAUUAUCUAGUGAUCUUUGAAUUUUCUGUGUCACUUAAAGAAAAGAGGUUCUUAUUUUUACUUCAAUCCCUGUAAAUGUCAGUGAGAGAUAGCUCUGUGGUCACUGACUUUCGACAGUGGUAAGGUCAGGUAAGAAAUUCACCAGGCCUUUUAGGAAUUUGUCUUUAAAGGGCACUGUGUUAUCAUGAAACAUAUGGACUGUUUUACUAAGGACCUGGGAUGCUCACACAGAAGGCAACCCCACUUGUGGAGAAGACUUAUUUUGUCUGAAUUGUUUAAUGAUUUGUCCCAGACAAAUGAUGACUCAAAGUCAAAGUUCACCUUUAGGAAACUCAAAAGGAUUCAAAAGAGAAUGCAUAGAAAUGAUUGGCCUGUAGGCGGCUGAGUGGCAAAGCUAGUUUAAAGAAGAAAAAUUCUUCCUAUCUUUUUUUUUGUAGUUCUCUAAACAGAUUAUUUUAAGAGACUUGGAUUUCCCUGUGUGCUUUGAAAAUUGAAGCGCAUGUUGUGUAGUAAAGAAGCGGAUCUAACCGCAUUGUGGAACUUGUUUGCUGUGGGUGAAUCACAGAAGGAAUGAUGUUAAGGCAACCUUUAUAUUUUCCUGCAUGAAAAAUUCAUAUGAAUCACAGACAGAAACUCCGAACUGUUGGCCAUGUCACUCUGGUUUCUCUGUUCAGGAGCUGUGGUCCCAAGCUUGCUGCUGACAGGUCCAGCAAGACUAUGAAUCUCUGUUCCAAAUGCUUUGCUGAUUUUCAAAAGAAACAACCAGACGAUGAUUCCGCUCCAAGUACAAGUAACAGCCAAUCAGAUUUGUUUUCUGAAGAGACCACCAGUGACAACAACAAUACCUCGAUAACCACGCCAACUCUUAGUCCCAGCCAGCAGCCGCUUCCGACAGAACUGAAUGUAACUUCACCAAGUAAAGAGGAGUGUGGGCCAUGCACAGACACAGCUCAUGUCUCAUUAAUCACACCAACAAAAAGAUCCUGUGGUACAGAUUCACAGUCUGAGAAUGAGGCUUCACCAAUAAAACGGCCACGACUACUGGAGAAUACUGAACGGUCCGAGGAAACCAGCCGAUCUAAACAGAAGAGUCGACGUCGGUGCUUCCAGUGCCAAACCAAACUGGAACUGGUGCAGCAGGAAUUGGGAUCGUGUCGCUGCGGUUACGUGUUCUGUAUGUUACAUCGCCUCCCCGAGCAGCAUGACUGCACAUUCGACCACAUGGGCCGUGGCCGGGAGGAAGCCAUCAUGAAAAUGGUGAAGCUGGACCGGAAAGUGGGGCGCUCCUGCCAGCGCAUCGGGGAGGGGUGCUCCUGAAGGCCAGGCAUGGCCACCACAUGACGCUGUUCUUAGUUCACUAAUGUUAGCCUUAUUUAGGACAAAGUCAGCCAGACACCUUGUACUGGGCACGCGUCAGACUACAGCCAGUCCGUUUCCUUUCUUUAGCCAGCCAUCCUGGUACUGUAGUUUAGGGGUUGAUGGUGGUUGAAAUUGAUUUCUGGCUGGUUACUAAGGUGCCUGCUAGCCAUUGUAUAAAAUUAAAACAUGAAGAAUAUUUUUUUUUGAGCAUGGCUAGUGGAUUUAAAACAACACAUACCUGUCACUGCUGGAGUCAAACUUAUAAAAAGCCUUAAGUGGAAAGUGUUCCAGACGGA